AUGAACGGGCUGCCCUCGGCCGAGGCACCGGGCGGUGCGGGCUGCUCCCUGGCCGGGCUCCCGCCGCUGCCGCGCGGCCUCAGCGGCCUCCUCAACGCGAGCGGGGGCUCGUGGCGGGAGUUGGAGCGCGUCUACAGCCAGCGCAGUCGCAUCCAUGACGAACUGAGCCGCGCCGCCCGCGCUCCGGACGGGCCUCGCCACGCCGCCGGUGCUGCCAGCGCGGGCCCCGCCGCCGGCCCCUCUGGCCCGCGCCGCCCGGUCAACCUUGACUCUGCGCUAGCGGCGCUGCGCAAGGAAAUGGUGGGGCUGCGACAACUGGACAUGUCCCUGCUGUGCCAGCUGUGGGGCCUGUAUGAGUCGAUCCAGGACUACAAGCAUCUGUGCCAGGACCUGUCAUCCUCCCUGCACUCGGACAGCUCCUACCCACCGGACGCCAGCCUGUCGGAUGACGAUGAGCCUCCGGAAGCCAGCCUGCCCCCUGACCCGCCACCCCUCACGGUGCCCCAGACGCACAAUGCCCGUGACCAGUGGCUGCAGGAUGCCUUCCACAUCAAUCUCUGA